ACCCGCGAAUCUGCUGCCGAGAAAUAACACGCUAGUGUGUACCAUCGUAUCCACAUAUUUACAGCCAUGUCUUCCUUUCGAAAAGCCUUAAAAUCUAAACAACGAGACCACAAAGAGCGAUCACAGCUCGGUUUCAGGAAACAUUUGGGACUACUGGAGAAGAAGAAGGAUUACAAACUUCGUGCAGAUGACUACCAUCGGAAACAGAAGACCCUCACGGCCUUGCGCAAGAAGGCAAUGGAUAAGAACCCUGACGAAUUUCACUUUAAAAUGAUACACAACCAUUUAAAGGAUGGAGUUCACGUGAUCAAACCAAAAGACGAAACAAUGACAGAGGAGCAGAAGAAGGUGAUGAGGACCCAGGACAUCAGAUAUGUGGAAAUGAAGCGAGUGUCGGAGAUGAAGAAAAUCGAAAGGAUGAAGUCAGAGCUCCACCUUCUUGAUGUUGAUGAAGAAAAGAAAAAUAAGCAUGUUUUUUAUGUGGACUCAAAAAAAGAAGUGGAGGGCUUUGACCUGGCCACACACCUCAACACAGUACCUGAAUUGGUGGGACGAGCAUAUAACAGACCUACAAUAGAGACCCUGGAAAAGAAAAGCAUUGUGGGAGCAGUGGAUCCUCAGAGAAUAAAAAAACUUGCAAAGCAGAGGGAACUUCAAUAUCUGAGGCUUUCACAGCGUAUUGACAGAGAAAAAAAUAUGUUUGUCAUUAGUCAAAAGAUCCAGACUAGAAAAGAUCUGCAAGAUAAAGUUAAGAAAGUGAAAGUCUGUGAGGAGACCGAAACUGCUCCAGCCGUCUAUAGAUUUGAGGCUAAGAGGAAAAGAUGAUGUCUUUGUAUCAGUACACCGUGGAAACUCACUUUGUCAUGUGACAACCAGUCAGCAGUUUAAUCUAUGAAGUGGACUCUCUUUCACUGCUAUAGUGUAGUUUGAAAGACUAGGCUGGGAAUCUUGCACACUAUAUAAAGCAAGGAGUUU